UCCCCCGCACAAAUACCACCACCGCUCCGCCACCUCCCUCCCACCAGCACCAAGCAACUCGCAGGGCAGGCAGGGGAGAGGAGAAGCAAGCGCCGCCGAUCCCGUUCUUCCUUCCUCGCCGCGAUCGCCUCCGCCCUGCGCAAAUGGCGAAUGCAGCGUCAGGGAUGGCUGUGGACGACGAGUGCAAGCUCCGGUUCCUGGAGUUAAAGGCCAAGAGGACCCACCGCUUCAUCAUCUACAAGAUUGACGAGAAGAAGAAGAUGGUCGUGGUGGAGAAGGUCGGUGAGCCUGUGCUGAACUACGACGAUUUCGCUGCGACCCUCCCUGCGAAUGAGUGCAGAUACGCCAUCUUCGACUACGACUUUGUGACCGAGGAGAACUGCCAGAAGAGCAAGAUUUUCUUCAUCGCGUGGUCUCCUGAUACGGCGCGCGUGAGGAGCAAGAUGAUCUACGCGAGCUCCAAGGAGAGGUUCAAGAGGGAGCUGGACGGCAUCCAGGUGGAGCUUCAGGCGACCGAUUCCGCUGAGGUUGGUCUUGACGUGAUCCAAGGCCGUGCAAACUGAGCAUGGGCAAUGAUCAACUGCAUCUUCCUGAGUAUGAACAACAGACGGGGACUUAGUGCUCCCCUGAGGCAAAGGCUGCUUGUCAUGUGCUACUUACGGGACUAUGUAAACUACAUCCAUUGCAGCGAUAAAUCUAUCUGUUCGGCGUGCUUGUUCGUCAAUUUUCUUGGUACGCUGUUAUGCUUGCCAUGAUCA